AUGCGUCUUGUCUCUGCCAUUGCUGCCUUCGCCGCGGUUGCCACUGCCGCAGCCGCGGAUGCCGCCCCCCCUGAGCUGGUGAGCAUUGGAGAGACGUCGAAGGUGCUGAAUGUCACCUUCUCCUUGGGAUCGACUGCAGUCAGCUUUACCCCCGGCGAGUUUCUAAACGCGAGCGUGGCCAAGGACGCUCCGGAGCCGCAUCUCCAUGGCAUGGGGCUCAGCAACUCGGGACCCUAUCUGCUGCUCAUGAUCGACCCGGACUGGAACAAGACCACUCCACCCUCGGUGAUUGUGCACACCGUCGUCGCCAACCUGACCACCGCCGUCAACAGCAGCAGCGACGCCAAUGUGCUGGCCUCUUAUAUCGCCCCGGCCCCCAGGUCGGGCACCCACAACUACACCCUGUUCCUCUUCAACCAGUCCACCAACUUUAGCAUCCCCGACCGCUACGAAUCAUUCAUGCUAACCGACGAUGACACUCCGAUGAACCGGCUGAACCUGCCGCUGGUUAGCUUCCUUAACCAGACCGGGCUGGGCUCGCCGGUCGCGGCCAACUACUUCCGCGUCACAGCGGCGAGCAACGACACCAGCACCAGCUCGGACAGAUCCGCCCCCAGCACCAGCACCGGCGCUGCCGCUAGCGAGACGUCGAGUGGGACGGGCCACAAGAUGGCCGCGGGGAGUUAUUUGGCCGGUGCACUGGCCCUGGUCGGUGCGGCGGUGGCCUCCGUCUGA